AUGGAGACUUGCCAGAUAUGCUACAAAACCUACAAGGACCAACCCAGUUUGAGGAGGCAUACAAGGUAUGCACAUGGCUCGGAAUUUGUCCAGUGCCAGUUCUGUGAAUACGAGGUUCCAGCAAAUGUGAAGCACCGUUUGAAAUUCCAUGAAGAGAGACGGCAUGGUAUUAAGAAGACAAUUCAGAAGGUAAACAAGAGGAAAAUGAAGUCAGUUGCCAAGAAAGUAACACCAGUAGAGCCAAAUACUUCAACUGUCAGCCACUUCCAGAUGAUGCCUGUCAGAAACCCAACACCAGUUUAUGUGGACAUGCCAACAUUUAAUCUAACCCCAGAUGAAGAGAUGCUGUUUCUGGGAAGACCAUUACAGACAGGAAGUCCUGUAGAAUUAUUGAGUUUGCUAGAUAGACCCAGACCGAACCAUACAGUUCCGAGUCCACUAACGGCUCCCAACACAACAAUAGCUCCUGUUCGAGUUCCAGACGUGUCAGUACAACCAGCGGCAGUACAGACCAUUCCACAAACAACUCCACUGCCAGUGACCAUCAACCCAAAUUCUCUUAUGCAGGCAUAUUUCAUAGCAACUCCGCAACCAGCUGCAGUACAGGCCACAUCACAUUCACAUCAGCCUUUGCCGGUUAUCAGCACCCCAAGUUAUGUCACGCAGCCAUAUUUCACAGCAACUCCGCAACCAGCUGCAGUACAGGCCACAUCACAUUCACAUGAGCCAUUGCCGGUUAUCAGCACCCCAAGUUAUGUCACGCAGCCAUAUUUCACAGCAACUCCGCAACCAGCUGCAGUACAGCCCAGUUCAAGGACAACUCAGCCAUUGCCGGUUACCAGCACCACAAUUUCUCAAAUACAACCAUAUUUCACAGCAACUCCGCAACCAGCUGCAGUACAGGCCACAUCACAUUCACAUCAGCCAUUGCCGGUUAUCAGCACCCCAAGUUAUGUCACGCGGCCAUAUUUCACAGCAACUCCGCAACCAGCUGCAGUACAGCCCAGUUCACAGACAACUCAGCCAUUGCCUGUUACCAGCACCACAAUUUCUCAAAUACAACCAUAUUUCACAGCAACUCCGCAACCAGCUGCAGUACAGCCCAUUUCACCAAACCCAAGUACCAUGCAAAGGAACGACAUAACAACUUCGGACCACUCUAAAAUCUCAGAAGCACCAUUUAGUCCUCCUCCCAUUGUCGAGGGUUAUGAUCCAGAGAUGCCAUGGAUAGAUGGAGACAAGAGACGGGUGGAAUUUUGA